UAGCACGUAUGUCUCUAGACAAGAAUUCCUUGUUGAAGAUAUCUCUCUUAUAACCUGAAGUGGGUGUAGUUAUGGAAGUGUAGAGAGGUCUUAGAUUCAUAUGGCUAGUGCAGUACCUUUUACUUUGCAUAAUAAGUUAAAAUAUAUUGUGGGCAACUCUUUGGUUACUAUGAAUGGUGAAAAGGAUUAUGCCAUCCAUAAGGCUACUUCUGUGCCAUAUGUAGAAGUAGACUCUCAAAGCCAAGAAGCAACUUACCACUCUACGGAGUUUGUCUCAACCACAUAUGUUGCAGAAGGCUCAGUUUUGAGAACACCAAAUCUUUCUAGAGUGAGUAAGGGAGUUGUUAACAUGAUGUUGGAAAAUCAUUUUGAAGUUGGAAAAGGCUUAGGAAUUGGACUGCAAGGAAUUGAGGAACCAAUUGAGGUGAUUGGUACAUCAGCAAGGUUUGUUUUAGGAUAUAAGCCCACUAAGAAGGAAUGGUUAUGGAUGAGGACCAAGAAAGCUAAAAAGCAUUGGGCUAAGCUAGAAGGAAGAGAACCAAAUAAGGAACAACUACAUAUUCCUCAUAUUCAAGCAACUUUUCCAAAACCUAUUGAAGUUGUGUGUGGAUAUGACACAGCUAAUUGACAUAGCACUCAAAAAGGAGAAUUUGAGAAGUAAUUCGAUUCCAAUUGCUUAUGAUGAUGAGGUGAUUGUAGAGGAUGCUUCAAAUGAAGAAGAUAUGGAAUUGUUGAUUUGUUCAAGUCUUUAGUGUCAACAAAUAAUGAUGGUUUGAACACUUCUUUUGAGAAGUUAAAUAUAUACAUCAUUGAUGAAGGGAUGGAUGAUGAUGAGGUUAUUUUGCCUACUCAUGGUGAAUCUUUGGACAAUUGGAUAGUAGAGAUGCUUUUUAUUCCUAUCAUUAAAUCGUAAGAUUGUUAAUCUUCUUAUGGUUAAGCUUGUGACUGUGAGAAGAGAUGGUUAAAACAAGCCUUUUAUAUUUUAUGAAACAUUAUAGGCAUGACAAAUAAUGUUCUCAUUCAGUUCAUUUCAAUAAAUGAUGUUACUUUCA